ACCUCAUGAUGUGCCUUUUUCCUGCCCUAUAAGGCCUUAUCUGGCACCGUUUUGGGCUUGCGUCAGCGGCUUGGCGGACCCCUAUAAACCCAUGGCCUGGAAAUGCUGGCAUGAAAUCACGCCAUAUCCCUGUUGACCGUCUUUCACGCCCUCUUCGGUCGUGCGCAUAUAAACCAGCACCCCACCUCCCUCCCGUUUUCCCAUCUUCCAUCAUCCCACCUCGACCAUCCAUCUCAUCUCUUACUGCCCCAACUUCAGCAUCCUUCCUAGUAAACACCAUCUUCAACCAGGAUGCAUCGUCCAUCCAUGUUUGGCUUCAUUGCCACGGCCUUGGCUGGCUCGGUAUUGGCCGUCCCAUUCAAUGAUGAGCGCGAUAGCCAUCUCGCCCCUCUCAUCACCCCAACUGCCCCGCCAGUCGGAGGACCUCUCUCUCAUCUUUCCAUCCAAGCGGGUCGUUCCCCCUCCAACUACCUGAUCAAGGAUAACUACAUCGUCGUCUUCAAGAAGGGAACCCCCGAACUUCACUCUCGUCAACACAAGGACAAGGUCGUUCAACUUUGGAAGCAAGACCAACAACAGCGUCUUCAAGCCGACUCGUACGGACCCGCCGACUUGUUCUCCGGGAUCAAGCACCACUUUGAUAUUGGAUUGGACUCCUUCAAAGGUUAUUCCAUUCACGUCCCUGAGGCACUCAUCUCGAUCGUCCGAUCGUUCCCCGAGGUCGAUUACGUCGAGCGCGAUAGUCGAGUUUGGAUCAACGACCAGUUUGAGAAUCCUACUACGAUUCCCGUUGCCGAGAACCCCCCUCAUCCUGUCUCAGAGCCGAUCGACAUCGAAUACGGAGCCCCAUGGGGUUUGGCCCGUAUCUCGCAUCGCCACAAGCUCAAAUUCAGCACCUUCAACGUUUACCCAUUCGAAGAUCCUGCUGGGCAGGGUGUUGAUGCAUACGUUAUUGACACCGGUGUGAACAUCGAGCACGAAGAUUUGGAAGGUCGGGCAAGAUGGGGCAAAACCAUUCCUGAUGACCCAGACCAAGACUUGAACGGACAUGGUAGUCACGUGGCUGGAACCAUCGCUGGCAAGACCUACGGAGUUGCGAAGAAUGCUACCAUCAUUGCUGUCAAGGUUUUGGGCGCCGGUGGCUCCGGUACCAUGUCGGAUGUUGUCGCUGGUGUCGUGUGGGCUGCCGAAGCUGCCGCCACCAAGGCUCGCGAUGAAGCUGCCAAAAAGGACUCCAAGCACAAAGGCAGUGUUGCAAACAUGUCUCUCGGUGGUGGAAACUCCCCUUCGCUUGAUCAAGCUGUCAAUGCUGCUGUUGAUACUGGCCUUCACUUUGCUGUUGCCGCUGGUAACGACAACCGAGAUGCCUGUACCUUCUCCCCCGCUGCUGCCCAGAAGCCAAUUACUGUUGGAGCUUCAACCAUCCAAGACGAGCGAGCCUACUUCAGUAACCACGGCAAAUGUGUCGACAUCUUUGCACCCGGUCUCAACAUCAAGUCUAUCUGGAACACAGGCAAGCGAAGUGUCAACACGAUCUCGGGAACCUCGAUGGCUAGCCCUCACAUCGCUGGUCUUGCAGCUUAUUUCCUCUCCAUCUACCCCGAGAAAUUGGAUCUCGCUUCGCUCGGUGUCUACGAUGACGAAGAAGAGGAGUUUGUUGCGUCCAACGGAGAGGCUUAUGACUUGGGACAAUAUUUCUCUUGGAACACUGUUUCAUCCCAAGGUCAACUUGCUUUCGGUAAAUUCAAGGAAGCCGUUGGCUAUGCUGGCCCAAAGAAAUCCGACGAUGGCCCGCAGUCUCUUUCGACUAAGAUGUUGAAGAAAGCAAUGAUCAAGAUGUCGACCACGGGUGUUCUUUCUAAAUUACCGGGUCACACUUGCAACUACCUUGCCUACAACAACGCCACCGUGGCUCCUUCGCUCAGCCUCGCGGAACUUGGAAUCUAAGCUCCCAGCUUCACCUAUCCUGCUCUCCUUGUAAAAAAAACUGACGGAAAUAUACAGGCCAUUGUUUUUUGAGCACAUGCAUGUCAAAUCGGCUUUUGCUAUUAUUUUGUCUCUCACCACAUCCUCUUCCUCAGCUCUCGCUCUCGUCCAGUUGUACUAGCUAUAUCAUGUAAAACUUAUGUGCUUCUACUCCUCUCUCUCCGCUUUUGCUCCUUCUUCCACUCUGAAAUUCAUCCCAUAGCCUCUUUUCUUUGAAAACGCUGAUGUGUUUCAAUAUGUGUACGACUCACAACUUGGCCGGAAGAUCCCCAACUUUGAAAGACCUUUCCAGACAAGAUAAUGUCACUGUUGCCAUCUUUUGGGAUUUGGUGAAAUUCCCAGUAAA